AUGGACAUGGACGAGACGGGGGUCGCCCGCGCGGUCUUCCUUCCCGGCGUCGGGGAGACUCGUGACGGCGGGGAAUCCGGAGUGCAGCUAGAGGAUCUAGUCCCAGUGGACCUAGCCCCAGUACAUUUCCCCCCAGAGAACCAAGCCCCAGAGGACCAAGUCCCGGGAAAGCAUCCAGAUGCAGGUCUGCGCAGCAAGGCGGUUUUGGACGUCUGCGAAAAAACUACAUUGGCUGACACCUCCACCGGCGACGGCGGCUCGCCCGCACUCAAGCCGGACCUGGGGCACUUAGGGCUGGUCGACGCCCCCAUCUAUGUCGUGCCUGAGCCGCGGCGGCGCGGCGCAUUCCCCUCAGAAGCCGCUCCUGACCGGGUCGAGGCCGACACCGGAAGAAAACGCUCGGUGGUAUGUAGUGAGAUGCACCAAGCAGCGGACGUGCUGGUGGAACGGAUGCAGAGUCUCGAAGAACAGAUCUCACUUUUCGAGGACACGGCCGGGCCGCUGCAACAGACACAGCACGUGUUGACGCCCGCAUUCUACGAUCCGUAA